AUGGUUCUGGAUUCACCCGAUGACUCUCCUCAGGGGUACAUUAGGCCAAUAUUUCCUAGUGCAAAUGAUACUGUUCAUGAUGAAAAAAGCCUCAAACGCAUCGCUCUGAACGGCGAUGUCCACGCGAAAAUUCCCAAUUUAAGUCGAAUUAUUCGACUCUUCAUCAGUUCAACAUUCAAAGACAUGGGCGAGGAGCGUGACAAAAUUAUGCAUGUAAUUUGCCCAAAACUAGAAAAGUAUUGCUCAGCGAAAGGUUACAUCUUACAGAUCGUGGAUAUGAGAUGGGGUAUCUUCGAGUCGGCUUCUAACGAACAACUGACGACGGAAAUUUGCCUCGACGAAAUAAAACUGGCAAGAGAAUUAUCGAAUGGACCAUUUUUCAUUGCCAUCCUAUCUCAUCGUUAUGGUUCCAAAUUUGCACCAAAAUCCAUUUUGAAAACGGAGUUUGAUCGUUUACUUGAGCACUGCGACCAGAGUGGACAAACCUUACUGUAUUAUUGGUAUGAGAUCGAUGAAAAUAGUAGACCAACUACCUACAAUUUGAAAUCAUUAGACGAUGACGCAUUAAAACGCAGGUGGGAGCAAAACGAUAGCAAACUCCUUCUCAAUCAACUACGGGUGAGUGCCCAUGCUGCUGAUUUGGAUGAAGAUGCGCUCAUUAAAUAUACACGAUCAGUGACAGAAGUAGAAAUUCAAGAAGGCCUAUUCAAUACCAUUGACUGCAAUUCGAGAUGUCUGGCAUUUUUUCGACAUAUCAAUGUUUUCGAUCAGUUUAAAAGUGGCGUUAUUGAACCGAAUUUGCUAGAUAUUUUCAAUAAGACGAUGAUUCGCAAGGAUUAUUUGACUGUUACAAGCACGAAAGAUCGAAAUACAUCUGGUAUCAACGAUAUCAAGUUAGCCAGUCGAAUAAAGUGA